CAUGAACAGCGGAACUGAAAGCGAAUUAUGAACUGAAACUGAAUUGAAUUGUCGUCGAAACGAAACCCUGAAACACUUUUCUCACCGAGUCCGACUCCGAGUUCAAAUCCGAGUUGACUCAUCCACCAUUCUCUUCUCUCCGUCGCCACAAACACUCUUUUUUCUUCUCCCCAACAAAUCAACUCAAAAUCUCGUUGAUUUCUUCAUCCUUCUCUUUCUUCUUCUUCUUCUUCUUCUAUAUUCGAGGUUGUAAAUUGUUCUUGGUGCGCCCUCCCUCACCCAAUUCCAAACUCGUGGAUCUGGUUCUCUCAAACUGGCUAUGGAUUACGAACCCUACGACAGUAGUGGAACCGAUGAUGAUCUUCCGCCAACCCAUCAAAAUAGAAUUCCCAGGGGAGGACGUCUUGCCGGGAAUGGAAGAUCUGCCGUUGGUUCAAUUCCAUACCCCAGGGUGUAUGGUGAAAUCGAUAUGGAAACCCAAAUUCAUCAACUUGAGCAGGAAGCAUACAGUUCAGUUCUGAGAGCCUUUAAAGCUCAAGCUGAUGCCAUUACUUGGGAGAAAGAAAGUUUGAUUACAGAGCUGAGAAAAGAGCUGAGAUUAUCUAAUGAGGAACACAGAGAACUCUUAGGCCGGGUUAAUGCGGAUGACACAAUACGGAGGAUAAGGGAAUGGAGACAGACAGGUGGGCAUCAGUCUGGCGUAAUGAAUACUGGUCAAGCUUUACAUGAUUCAGUUCCCAGUCCGUCGGUUUCUGCAUCUCGCAAAAAGCAGAAGAUUACACCACCUGUACCACCACGCUCUUUUGGUGGGCCUUCUCCCCCAUUUCACCCACAAACGGUGACUGCAUCUCAUCAGCCAUCUUCUUCUGCAGCAAAACGAGGAUCUGUUCCUGGAUCUAAGGGAAAGAAGCAAAAAUCUGGUCCAAUAUUACCUGGUGUAUCUUCAAAGCAGUUUCCUCCUUCAGGACCAGGUGGAAGGAAUCAAGUACAGAAUCAAGUACCUAAUAGAGCUGUCAUGGGUGAACAUGCCGAGGGUGGAUCUUUUGGUCCUAUGAUCGGUAGGAGAGUGAGGACAAGAUGGCCUGACGACAAUAACUUUUAUGAAGCUGUUAUCUCUGACUACAAUCCAAUUGAUGGCCGGCAUAAUCUGGUCUAUGACAUGGGGAGUACAAAUGAAACAUGGGAAUGGGUUAAACUAUCAGAGAUAUCUCCCGAAGAUAUUCAGUGGGUACCUGAGGAUCCUGGAAUUAAUCAUCGUGGGGGUUUGGGGGGCUCUGGUCAUGGGAUGAAUAGGUCUGUUGGACGUGAUAGUGUUCCAGGAGUUGGAAGAGGUAGAGGGGUUCCUAAAGGUCAAUCUAGAAAAGAUUUCUUGUCAUCACAGAAUGGCGCAGGAAAGAAGGCUCCUGAUGAUAUUCAGAUUCUUCAUACAGACACACUAAUACAGGAGGUGGAGAGGGUAUUUAGUGCAAAUCAUCCUGAUCCUCUUGAAAUUGAGAAAGCAAAGAAAGUAUUGAGGGAGCAUGAGCAGUCUCUCCUUGAUGCACUUGCAAGACUUGCCGAACUUUCUGAUGGUGAAAGUGAUGGGGCAGGUCAUCAUUUCCCACAGCGUCGAUCAAUGGAUCGAGAAUGAUGGGAGAACUUGUUACUUUGUACAAUGAGUGGAUGAGGCAUUAUGAUAGCAUAGUUCUGGAAAAAUGGUGUAUCUUUCAUGUAUUUUAUGAGAAAUACUCAAUUUCACUGUUUAGUGGUUUAUAGCUGUAGCCAUGUUCUUGUGGAUUAGGUAUCAUGUAGGACGGCAAUUGUUGUAGUUUGGUAAUAAUUAUUUAUUAUCGAGUUUAAAAUUUGACGUAGGAACAACUGAUACUUGUUUAGUACUCCACAUUUGUGAUUAAUGUGUUUAGUGUAUAAAUUCUUGUA